AUGACCUCGUCCCAACCAGGUUCCGCCGUCCGCGGGGCCUCUCUCCUGAUCAUACUGCAGUUUGCAUCGCGCUUUGUGACCUUUGGCGCCAACCAGCUGCUGCUACGCUUCCUGACUGCUCGCCUCCUGGGCGUCUCGACUCAGCUCGAGGUCUACUACCUCUCGGUGCUCUUCUUCGCACGCGAGAGCUUGCGUGUUGCCAUCCAGCGCCAAGGUCCCGAUGCGUCCACCGCCAGGAAUGGGGCUGCCGGCAAGAGUCAUGAAAACCAGUCCGUCGUCAACGUCGGCCAUCUGGCUUCAGUGUUGGGCCUCGGCGCCGCCAUCGGAUUAGGGGCCGCCUAUUUACACUAUGUUGACGCCGCAACUGCCGAGACACCAUAUAUGGAGCGGUCAUUGUAUAUCUAUGCAUUCGCUGCUGUCAUCGAACUGCUCUCUGAGCCCGCCUUUGUGGUUCUGCAACACCGCCUGCAGUUCGGUCCUCGAGCCGCUGCCGAGUCCAUCGCCACCUUCGUCCGUUGUGCCGUGACCUUCGGGGCAGCGAAUUGGGCAUGGCGGGCUGACCGCGAGCUGGGCGUCCUUCCGUUCGCGUUGGGCCAACUAGGAUACGGGCUUGGACUACUAUUUGUGUAUCUCUGGUACGGAUGGGGCCUGGCCUCGUCAGAGGGAUUCUCUCUUCUACCAAAGAGGAUUGCUGGUACGAGUACAGGCCAUGAAACGGAUGAGAAAACCAUAGCGGAUCAUCCGAAAUAUACCUUGGGUUACUUCUAUGCGCCGACGCUCCACCUUGCUUCCAGCCUGACGGCCCAGUCAUUUGUCAAGCACAUCCUCACUCAAGGCGACACAUUUCUGGUCUCUGUCCUAUCCAGCCCACAGUCGCAGGGUGUCUAUGCACUGGCAAACAACUACGGGAGUCUGCUGGCACGGCUGGUGUUCCAGCCGAUCGAGGAGAGUAGCCGGAACUAUUUCAGCAAACUCCUCUCCGCAAGCUCAACCCCCCCAGCGCCAGCGAAGGAGGCAAACGAGAGCAAGCAGGACAAACCAGAAAGACCUAGUCAGCCAAAUGGCAACAUCGUUAGCGCAAAGGCCCAUCUGCAAUCCCUAUUCAGGGGCUACAUCCUACUGAGCAUCUUGGUCACCACCCUCGGCCCCUUCGGCGCUCCCCUGCUUGUGCAAAUUAUCGCGGGCAAGGCAUGGGCAGCCAGUGGCGCCGGCAGCGUGCUGGCGCAGUACUGCUUGUACAUCCCGUUACUUGCGCUCAACGGCAUUAGUGAGGCUUUCGUGUCCUCGGUGGCAUCCAAGGCCGAGGUGCACCGCCAGAGUCUCUGGAUGGGCGCGUUCAGCGUCGCUUUCGGCGUUGCUGGAUUCGUGUUUCUGCGCGUACUGGAUCUCGGUGCCGUCGGAUUGGUCUACGCCAAUGGAAUCAACAUGCUCUGCCGCAUCCUAUGGAGCGGUCGGUUCAUCUCGGCAUACUUUGGGAAGCAUGGCGUUGACUUUGGCUGGACGGCCGUGGUGCCCAAUGGCGUUGCCAUCUAUGUUCUGGGGACAGCUGCACUGUGGCAGGCCUUGACUCAAGUCGCUGGGAUUACCGUUGGCGGCGUAUCUGACAAUGUCUUUAGGGAUGUGAUUAAGGUAGUUGGUAUGGCUCUGCCGUACGUCGCUUUGAUGGCAUUUUUAGAGAGACGGAUGCUCAUUGAUGGCUUUCGGUCCCUAAGAGGCUCUAGAUAG